AUGUUUAGGGCAUACGGUACUUCCCCUGCAGAUCCAACCCCCCAGCCACAUUGGGGGUUGCCUAAUAUUAACGCGUUUCCUAAAGGCUUUAUAAAUACAACUAAUAUGUUUCCAUCAUUACAGUUACAUGGUAAAUCACAUUACUUUCCAAAUCUAGAGGAUCAGGCUGGUCCUGUCCUCUUAGAAGAACCUCCUAGUCACCUAGUCGAUAGUACCUUAGGAACACAACCCAUGAGCUCGCCAUCAAGGUCCUCGCCGCAUUCGCAGGGUUCCGAAGGCGGUGAAAGGUUUUCCAGAAAAGUUUUCGUAGGAGGACUUCCUCCGGACAUUGAUGAAGAUGAGAUUACAGUUAGUUUCAGGAGAUUCGGUCCUUUGGUAGUUGAUUGGCCCCAUAAGGCCGAAAGCAAAUCGUAUUUCCCACCAAAGGGCUACGCUUUUUUAUUAUUUCAGGAUGAAAAUUCUGUACAAAGUUUAAUAGACGCUUGUAUAACAGACGAAGAUAAGUUAUAUUUAUGUGUAUCGUCCCCAACAAUUAAAGAUAAACCUGUACAAAUACGACCAUGGAGAUUAUCAGACGCAGAUUUUGUUUUGGACGCAUCCAUGCCCUUAGAUCCUAGGAAAACGGUAUUCGUUGGUGGUGUACCACGACCUCUUAAGGCUGUUGAAUUAGCAAUGAUUAUGGAUAGACUAUACGGUGGGGUGUGUUAUGCGGGUAUAGACACGGACCCAGAGUUGAAGUAUCCAAAAGGAGCUGGACGAGUAGCUUUUAGUAAUCAACAAAGUUAUAUAGCAGCGAUCAGUGCACGUUUUGUACAACUACAACACGGCGAUAUAGACAAAAGGGUAGAAGUUAAACCUUACGUUCUUGAUGACCAAAUGUGUGAUGAGUGUCAGGGGCAAAGAUGUGGAGGGAAGUUCGCACCUUUCUUCUGUGCUAACGUCACUUGUUUGCAGUACUACUGCGAACAUUGCUGGGCAACAAUUCACUCGAGACCUGGCAGGGAGUUUCACAAGCCACUAGUGAAGGAGGGGGCUGACAGGCCUAGGGCUGUGCCAUUUCGUUGGUGUUAA